CCAGACUUCUUGCAAGCAACAAGAGAAAUAAAGUAAUAUUAAUUUCUCUAUAAAUUUUUAGCUAUAUUGGCCUAUAUUUAAUUUACAUUAUUUUUUUAAUUAUAAUUUCAUGAAUAAAUGAUUAAAAUGACUUCCAUAUUAAUAACGCAUAAAAAUUGGAGGGACUUUUGAUUUUUAAAAAUAUUGUCAAACGUUCCAAUUAAUGAGCUAUUUAAAUAAGCAUGUGCAAAUUUAACAAAACUCCAUUGCUUGUUCUUGCUUUUACAGCUGUGUUGCUACCAGAGGGGUAAACCCAAAAACCCAGAAGACUGGAGAGAUGUGGAACAAACAAUGAGAGAUGCUUCAUAUGUUCCAGCUUCACCUGUGUCUGGCCAUGUUCUCAUCUAUGAGCCAUGGUCAGGGUAUUAUUACAAUAACGAUGCAGCAAGAGAGAACAUAAAGACACAUACAACAUGUUGCAAGAAUUCACCUAAAGAAUUGUGUGAACGGUUCUAUAAAAUAUUCCCUGACAUGGGUUGCACAGACUUUGUAGAGUUUAUCCCUGGUAAGAAUAAUAAUAAGACUUUGUAGUUUGUCACUGGUAAGAAUUAUAAUAAGCAUCUUGUUAGUACUAUUGCUGUAUACUCACAGGUACCAUUAAAAUUUAAUAAGACCAUUUAUUGCUUAUUGGAAAUAAUGAUGAUUUCUUUCAUCAAAUUCUUUUACAUGUUUAUACAUCAUAAUCACGAACUGGGGCUGAUAUUGAAUUGUAAUAAGUAAUAAUCUAUAAAAUAUAGCUAAGAAAUGUGAAUUAAAUUUUUAAAAAGUGAUUUUUCUUCUACACAUAAUCAUAAUGACUUCUACAGCUUCAGCGCUUGGUGAACCUCACAUUACAACACUUGAUGGAGUAACAUACACUAUGAAUGGAUGGGGAGAAUACAUACUGAUGGAUGUAAAAUCUGAGAAUUUUACUCUUCAGGUAUUCUAUUUUUCUCUAAAUUAGAUUACACUUUUUUGCACAUUUUUAUAUCAUGAAAAUUUAGUAAAGUAAUUUAAUCUUUAUUUUAUUCAAGCUUGUGAAACAACUUAUAAAAGAAAGAAAGCAAAAACAAAAAAUUUCAAUCAAUUAUGCUCUUAUUUUCAUAUUUUCACUUGCAUACAAAAUAUAUGUCUGGAAAAGUACAUAAAUUCCUGUAGGUAAAUUUUUUAAAGUUUUACUUUUGCUCUUUAAUUUUGUAAUUUAAAACAAUAAUUAGAUCAUGAUUCUUUUUAGAAGAUCAAUACCAGAUGCUUAAAUAAAAUCAUGUCUAAUAAAGUUUUUUUCAACUGCUUUAAAUGUAAAAGCUGCUUAAAUUGCUGUUUAAUUAUCACAGAAUUAAAUAUGAGAUCAAAUUCUUUUUAUUCAAUUAUGUAAGGCCAGAACAAGUAUAGUUGAGACCAGCAAUGGUACUCUAGCUAACGCUACAGUUUUCACAGCAUUUGCUGCCAGGGAAGGAGAUUAUGCAAAACUCCAAGUUGAACUCUCCCCUAACAAUAAGUGUAAGAGUUAAAUACAAAACUAGAUUUUCUUAUAAAUGCCUUAAUUAUAAAUAAUGAUUCAGUAUGAAAUUUAUGUUUCUCUUCGAAUGUACUGAUAUUAUGAUUAUUUUAACAGAUGCUCACCUAGAACACUGUUAUCUGAAAUAUUUCAAAUGAAAAUUUGGAGCUGAAAUUUAAUUGGGUACUGCUGAAACCAACAUCUUAUCUUAUUGUUUGUGUUUUAUUCCAUUACAAUAUAUUUCUACUCCCCAAACCCAAAAGCUUCUAUGAAAAAAAAAGUAGGAGUGUAGUUUUAAAUUUUGUUGAUAAAUUAUAAUUUUAACAUAUUGUCGAAAAUUGGAUUUUAAGCCUACACAGCAAACUAUAUUUCAAUAUAAAUAUCACUCUUUUAAUUAUUAAAUUUUUAACAGCACUUGUCAUCUAUGUAAAUGGAAUGGAUAUAACAAAUGACUUUUACAACGAUCAAGAAUUUCAUACAGAGCUUGACAUGAUUUCU